CGUCCUCGAGUCCGUCUUUCUCUUUAUGGUCUUACGAGUCUCCAUUGGGGGCGAGGGGGGAGGGAGAGAGGCAACGGCGAUGGCGUCGCUGCGGCGGAUGGUGCAGAGCGCGGCCGUGAUGCUGCUAGUUCUCGCGGGCCUUCUGCUCUCCGCUUCUCACGCGGCGGCGGCGGCGGCGGAAGGAGAAGGAGUACUCAGGAUGAGGCGUUUUGAUGGUGGUUAUUCUUACAAUCAUACUCUUGCUCAUAUUCUUGUUGAAUAUGCAUCCGCUGUUUAUACGUCUGACUUAACAUCACUUUUCACAUGGACCUGUCCAAGGUGCAAAGGUCACACGAAGGGUUUUGAGAUGAUAAAGAUAAUUGUAGAUGUGGAGAACUGCUUACAGGCAUUUGUUGGAGUUGCCCCUGAUCCACGAGCCAUAAUCAUCGCAUUUAGAGGCACUCAACUACACAGUGUCACAAAUUGGAUUGAAGAUCUCUUCUGGAAGCAGCUCGAUGUGACUUAUCCAGGCAUGCCUGAUGCAAUGGUCCAUCAUGGUUUUUAUUCUGCAUAUUAUAAUACAACUAUGCGGCAUGAAAUCCUGAAAUCUAUUCAAUGGGCAAGGAAAACAUAUGGAACACUACCCAUAAAUGUUGUGGGUCACUCCAUGGGAGGGGCUUUAGCUACGUUCUGUGCCCUCGAUCUUUCUGUUAAGUUUGGAUCACAGGAAGUUGAGCUCAUGACUUUUGGACAGCCUCGGAUAGGCAAUCCUGCUUUUGCUUUGUACUUCAGUAAACAAGUCCCACAAACAAUCCGUGUGACCCAUCAGAAUGAUGUUGUGCCACAUUUACCACCAUAUUAUUAUUAUCUAGGUGAAUGGACAUAUCACCACUUUGCAAGAGAGAUUUGGCUUCAUGAGACCAUAGAAGGAAAUAUAGUUACCAGAAAUGAGACAAUCUGUGAUGAUUCUGGUGAGGAUCCAACCUGCAGCAGAUCGGUCUAUGGGAUAAGUGUAGCAGAUCAUCUUGAGUACUACGGUGUUACACUGCAUGCUGAUUCAAGGGGAACCUGUCAAUAUGUGAUUGGUGCAGCCAACUCAGCAUACAGUUACAUUCAUGAAGUUGAUGGAACCGUCAUCUUCUCAAGAUAUCCGCAAGAACCACACGCCCUAGAAUCUAUGUAACUUUGUAUGCCAGGAAAUACACCCAUGUGCAGUAUUUUUUUUUCAUCUUGUGUACAGCUCAUGAAAUGUAUGACAUAUUGGGCGCUCCAGGAGCUCUCCUGAGGAUAAGGAGAGGUUCAGCUUUUAAAUGUGCCCCCUUUGCUCAAGCGACAAUUGUACAUGUAAGCUCCGUAACAUUGUAGACACACCUUAACUGUUGUACAUAAAAUGUAAUAGGCUUAAAUAAUGAAAAUAUUUGAUGGUA